CGCCUAGUCUAUUCUACAGCAGCACACAGAGUUCCAGUCCUUUUCCACACAACCCUUUGGAAAGUUUCACAACGCCAGUAUACAAACGAGAAAUCAUCGAGAAAAUGUUUAGAUCCAUUUUUGGACUAAAAUUCUUUGCAAGACCUCGGUCUUCAGGAGAUAUGGACUCUUCGAAGAAGAAGUCCAAACGAAGGAGUGAGAGACCUUCGUCUCCUGAAGACCUCAACCCUCCCACCAUCUUGAGGGAGCACGGACGAAGGGGUGAGAGACCUUCGUCUAGUGGAGGCACCAACCCUUCUACCAUCAUGAAGGAGCGCAGGCAAAGGGGUGAGGGCCCUUUGUCUUGUGCAGAAAACAAGCCCUCUAUCACCAGGCAGCAAGAACGAAGGGAUGUGAGCUCUUUGUUCAGCGUGGGCACCAACCCUUCUACCAUCAUGAAGGAGCACAGGCAAAAGGGUGAGAGCCCUUUGUCUUGUGCAGAAAACAAGCCCUCUAUCACCAGGCAGCAAAUACGAAGGGGUGAGAGCCCUUCCUCUUCAUCCUCUGAAGACAAGCAGCCUUCUACUCCAAGGCGGAAGCAAGCAUGGAGAGGUGAGAGCCCUCCGUCGUCAUCUUCUGAAGAUGACCAGCCUUCUUCCACCAGACAGCGAGUACGAAGGUUUGAGAGCCCUUCCUCUUCAUCCUCUGAAGACAAGCAGCCUUCUACUCCAAGGCGGAAGCAAGCAUGGAGAGGUGAGAGCCUCCCGUCUUCAUCUUCUGAAGACGACCAGCCUUCUUCCACCAGGCAGCAAGAACGAAAGGAUGUGAGCUCUUUGUUCUACGUAGGCACCAACAGGAAGGAGCACAGGCGAAAGGAUGUGAGCUCUUUGUUCUACGUAGGCACCAUCAUGAAGGAGCACAGGCGAAAGGGUGAGAGCCCUUUGUCUUGUGCAGAAAACAAGCCCUCUACCACCAGUGUGAGAAAGGAGAGGAAGAUCAUUGAAAGAGAAAAGCAGCGUUUGGAGAAGGAUGGUUUAAAAAGAGAAAGAGAGAGAUGUGAAAAGAUGAAGAGAAAGAACCAGGAGAAGGAGAAGAAAACGUUUGGUCUGCUUUCAAGAAUAUACAUUUGGAGGCUCAAUCGCAAGAUAGAUCGCAUUGCCAGGAAAAUCCAAUCAACCCAUGUGGAUGAGUGCUACCUCCUGCGUCAUGGUCCCCUCAUAAAUCCAAAGGAAAUGGCAGAAAAAGAACAGCUGCUUGACCAAAGGAGGGACCUGAUCUUGUACAAACGCAGACAAGAAUUUAAGGUGGAGAAGGAAGUGAGGAAGCAAAGACUGAAGGUAGAGAGGAAGGAAAUAGAUGUGAAGAAGAUGGAGAAUAUCUCUGAGUUAUGCUGCAACUCAGAUAGCCCAGAUAUGUUAAAUCUUGGCUACGGGCCAAUGCCAGUCAGGUCACCCAAACUCAGAUUUGUUAACAUAUAUCAUUUAAGAGAAUAUGAGAGCAAUCAAAAAAAUGGCAUCAAACAGAGAGAGGUAAUUGAGGGAGACGGCAAACAUUUCAGAUUUGACAAAACUGAAGUAAAGAGGCGGCAGGCCUGGGUUUGACUCCGACCUGCAGCCCUUUGCUGCAUGUCAUUCCCCCUCUCUCUCCCCUUUCAUGUCUUCAGC